AUGGCACAAGCCAACCCCACCGGAACAUCACGUCCAGUGCGGCCGUCACUGCGACAUACCCUCUCAGGCACUUCUAUUAUCCAAGACCAUCAGCAAUACAAGCCCCAAGCUCCUAUUAACCAGAGCAUUGGGGAUGUCUUGGGCAGUGCUGCCGAGCCCGCCCGGGGGCCGCUCACGUUCAAUGCCAACCCGAUUAGCCCGGAUCCCGAAAAGGUGACCGACAGCGGCAUCAUCCAUAGCAUUUUUGAUCAUCAGGCCAAUCCUCUUCCUGCCGGUACUCCCCAGUUGGUCGCGACCAUCUACUACAAGUCCUCCGAUCCAAUUCACCCUCAUCUCCAUCCCGACGUAUCUGGAAAUGUUCGAUCUGGAGACAAACUUCCGUCCCCCAUGGUUCCCGUUGGUUCCGCCCCGACGGUUGACAUUGAGAAAAUCCCACGGGAGCCCCCAGCGCCAGAACCGGAGCCGCUUGACCACCUUUACGGGCCAUUUGUAUCGCAAUUGUGCUUGACCAACUUCCUACAAAUCUUAGAAACCCUCCCCACUCCGUAUCAGCGCAUGAACACAUCCCACCGUUGUCUGGACCAGGAUGACCAGCCCCGUGUGGUCGAGGUCACAUUCUCACCGCCCCCGAACCCAAAUUACCUUACUUUUGCGGACCUUAGGAAACAUGAGAGUAUCUGGCGUUUUGAGCGUGAAUGGAAUGUGGAGGUCGUGCUACAGAAGGAGAGCGUCUUCCGUCGGCAUAAGCGGCUAGCAGUGUUUGAUAUGGAUAGCACUCUGAUUCAGAACGAGGUUAUUGAUGAGAUUGCCAAGUUCAUCGGAGUAGAGAAGGAGGUGUCGGAAAUCACGGAACGUGCCAUGAAUGGCGAGCUCGACUUUUCGCAAUCACUCCAGGAACGUGUUGGCUUGCUCAGAGGGGUUCCGGCGGAUGUGUUCGACAAGCUGAAGUCUGUGAUCACUAUCUCUCCCGGUGCGCGCGAAUUGUGUAAGAGCUUGAAGGCUCUUGGUUUCAAGAUGGCCGUCCUGAGUGGAGGCUUUCAGCCGCUGGCAGAAUGGCUCGCUAGCGAGCUUGGUCUCGACUACGCUUUUGCCAACCAUCUGGAAGUCGACCCCACAUCUCAAACCCUAACCGGCAAACUCGUCCCAACUUUCCCCAUCAUCCACGCAGAGCAAAAGCGCUCCCUCCUCUACUCCCUCGCCGCAGAAAACAACAUUCCCGUUUCUCAGACCAUCGCCGUUGGCGAUGGCGCCAAUGACCUGCCUAUGCUCCACGCCGCAGGCCUCGGUGUCGCCUGGCGCGCCAAGAGCAAGGUGCAACUUGAAGCACCCACCCGUCUCAACGGUGAAAGCCUAACGGAUGUUCUCCACCUCCUUGGCCUCGACAAGAGGGAUCUCAAGGAGUUGACGGGCGAGUUGGUCGAUGAUGCAUGA